CUCGCCACAUCCUUCUUCUCCUACUAAAUUUAGGUUACACCGAGAGAACCAAAGAGGAAGAUGGAGCAGUUUCUGAAGGUGACGAGGGAAGAGUACCACAUAUUCACCGACAAAGACGACGACGACAAGAUGAAGCAGAUCGAGAUCACCCAUGCUGAUCACCUCACUCCGGUGGUGGUUGAUGUGAAGCCUCUUAUCGAACUCAUCAAGGACAUCCUCAAGUUCUCCACCACCACUAUUGCCAAUGGUGGCCCUCGCGAACGUGUCGUGGGGCUAGCUAUGGAAAGCUUGAAGAGGAAGACCUCUCCAUCCAAUUUCGAAGCAUUGGCUAAAGACAUACACAAGAUCUCAUGCAAGAUAUCGUGCAAAUGCACAGGAGGAGAAGAGGAUAAUACAAUGUUGGCACUGAUCGAAACACUGUCGAGCUAUUCCUGGGAUUCCAAGGUAGUUCUGGCCAUGGCAGCCUUUGCCGUCAGCUACGGUGGGUUCUUCUUCUUGGUGGGUGCGAAGAACAAAUCGAAGCCCCUGGAGACGCUGAGGAGCCUUAUCGAGGCCAUGGUUAGCGUGACUGAGUGUGUCGUCAAUUUGAAAAACCUCCCUUCAGGCCACAACUCCCUCGACCAAUCGGUUGUCCAAACUGCUGUUUACUGGACCAUCAGAAGCGUCGUCGCCUGCGUCCCUCACUUCUUCGGCUUCCUUAGCUUGGGUCACGAGUACACUCCAUCGAGAAUUGAGGAUGAGGAGCUGUCCAAACUAUGUAGGAUUCUCAUUGUCAGUCACGACCAAAUCGAUCGUUACCGUCUGUACAUUGAGGAGAACAAAAUAUUUGAAUAUUAUCAUGAGCUUCUGCAACUCUUCUCGAUGAUCCCCACUGAUAAGUUAAAGAUUCUCAAUGCUUUGAUUGAUACCAAAGAUUGUCUAAAGCCACUUGUCCAAGUCUCCUCACAGCAACAUGUUGGCGUUGAAGUGUUAGAGAAGAAAAAUGUGUUACUAUUGAUAUCGCCGUCGUUGUUGGAUGCGAACAAAGAAGAGAUCGGGAUUCUGGUUGAUCUGUACAAGAAUACAAAGCAAGUGUGUCAGUACGAGCUGUUAUGUCUCUCACUAGAGGAGACUACAGAGUCUAAAAGGGAAGAGUUUGAGAAACUGUUGAAUAUGAAGAAGAUGCCGUGGUACUUAUUACACCGUGACCACCAGGUCAUCAACCGGGCAGUGAUUAAGUACAUCAAGGAGGUGUGGCACUUCAACAACAAGCCCAUCCUGGUGGUGCUGGACACACAGGGCAGGGUCAUCACCCAGAAUGCCUUCCCGAAUAUAAGGAUCUGGGGAGGCAUUGAUCUCUCUAUCACCUUGAAGACGGAAGCACAGCUCUGGAGUGAAGCCACUUGGGGCCUCGAACUCUUGUUUCAAACCAUUGAACAAGCCAAAAACAUUCUCCAAUGGAUGAAAAAGGAUAACGAACGGUACAUUUUCCUAUAA